AUGAAGGAUACUCCAUCUGAACGAACGAAUGGGGAGUCAAGGUUGGCGCUCAGAGAGUCUAUCAAGCAAGCCAACGAUGGUCGCAUGCCUGUAACCCUACUCAGUGGAUUCCUAGGAGCCGGAAAAACGACUUUGCUGGAGCAUAUUCUCAACAGCAAGGAUCAUGGCUUAAAGUGCGGAGUGAUUGUAAAUGACAUGUCUUCUCUGAAUAUCGAUGCCCAAACGGUAUCGAAUCACAAGCUGACCCAGUCAGACGAGAAACUCGUUCAAAUGCAAAAUGGAUGUAUAUGCUGUACAUUGCGCGAGGACCUGCUGGAAGAGGUUGCUAAUAUUGCCGCCUCGGGCGACCUUGACUACCUUCUCAUCGAGAGCACGGGUAUUUCGGAGCCGAUGCAGGUCGCUGAGACAUUUACCUACGAAUUCGCGGAGCACGUUGCGGAUGCGAGUGAUACACUUCCCCAAGGACGAAUGGCAGAGAUUUUAAAGGCAGGCGGACUGCCAAAGAUCGCGCGGCUCGACACAUGUGUGACCGUGGUGGAUGCGGUCAACGUGCUCAAUGACUUUCAGACCACAGAUUUUAUUACCGAUCGCCCAAGAGAGGCAGGAAACGGCGAAGUAGACCCACAGGAUGAACGGAAUGUCACUGACCUUCUCGUCGAUCAACUUGAAUUCGCCGACGUCAUAUUAGUAAACAAAACUGACAUCGCCGAUAAAAAGACAGUUGGAAAGGUUCUCAGCCUGAUCAAAACACUCAACCCUCGAGCCAAAGUCAUCUCAACCGUACGAUGCCAGGUAGAUCUCGAAGACAUCUUGAAUACACGGCGUUUCUCUUUCGAGGAAGCUGUAACAGGUGCGGGUUGGCUGCAGAGUCUUCAGGAGUCCAUGCCGCGAAUAACCGCGAAUGGUUCGACUAAAAAUAUCCCUAAACCGGAAACCGAAGAGUAUGGCAUUUCCAACUUUGUAUACCGGCGUCGUCGACCAUUCCACCCAGAGCGGCUUUGGAAAAUCAUUGGCGACAAAUUUGUCGUGAUUCAGAAUGAAUAUGAAGGGCUGAACAAGGAUGAGUCUGAAGGAAGUGAUGUCAGCAUGGACGAAUCGGAGGACUCGGGCGACGAAAGUGAAGACGCAGAGGCGCAGCCCCAGCUUGACCCUGCUGCCCGACUUGCGGCAAAGCGUGCUGAUCCAGCGCUUGCCCCAGUAAUGCGUUCCAAAGGUUUCUGCUGGCUCGCAACUCGGAACACACUGUGGGGAGAAUGGAGCCAAGCAGGAGUUAUGUUUACGUUGUCUGGUGGACAGAACUGGUUCAUCUCGCAACCUGAGGAGAUGUGGGCGGAUGGAAACCUGGAAGUUGUCAAGGCGAUUAGGCAGGAUUUUGCUGGCGAGUGGGGUGAUCGACGGCAGGAAAUUGUAUUCAUUGGAGGAGGUGAGGCUGCCAUGAAUCAAGUGAAAGUCGAGAAAUUAUUAGACACUGCAUUGCUGAACGACAAGGAAUGGGUGCAAUGGCAGAAGAUUAUGAAAUCCAAAAGAUUGAAUGAAGAAGAAAAAGAAGAGAAAUUACUUGAUUUGUUUAAAGAUGGCUUUGAAGAUUGGAUUGAUCCUUUGAACCCACCCGAAGCGAUCAUGGAGCCGGAAUCUUCCCAUCACGGUCACAGUCACGCUUCAAGUCAACGUCACUAA